AAUCGACAUCCAAGCAAACCCUAAAUUUGGAGACAGAGGAGGAGGAAGAGUGAGGAUAAUAAUCAAAAAUGUCGUCGUUUCUUUUGGCGAAAAGAAUGGCGAAAGUAGCCGGUGUCGGAGAAUCGCGGAUUCGAAGAGGAAUGCGCUUGUUGACGACGUCAUCUUUAUCACCAGCUCCAUAUAUGCUACUCUCAGUGGAUGGUAUCAGAAAAUCUCCCGGUAAAAGAAAUAGAGACAAAAUCGCGAAUUUCAACUUCUACUCCCCAAUGAAUCAGACACGAGUGACGCUGGCAGAGCAGAGGAUCCCUGAAAGCAUCUACCUUUCACGCAACAUCGGAUCUUCUCGUGGUUGGGUGAUCAGAAUGAACGAAGAAGAUCUAACCGUACAUGUCACCAACAUGUUCAAUCCCUCAGCUCCCAAAUCCACUCACAGAAUCAUAUCCCUCCCUAUGCUUCUAACUCCCUAUUACCAUGCUCCUGACCUUUCAAAGUCCAUGGCGACUUAUCAGGUUCGUAACGUCUCUCUCUCCUCUUCCCCUGAUAACCCUGACCAAGAAUGUAUCCUAGCCGUCAAAUUUUGGGGAAGCUUUGUCUCCUACUGUUCAAUCAGGGACGGUCAAUGGCGCCACGAGCUGUCUCUUUCCAGCCGAGCCAGCAAAUCAUUCGUUUUCUACUCCAAUAACGAUGUCACCUUUUAUCUCACGCCUCCCGUUGAUACAUUCUUCCGCAAGGACGGUAGGAAUAUGCCCGAACCUUGCUUCUCUUACCUGACUUAUUACCGUCAAGCCGGACCCUUAAUCCAUCCAAAGAUGGGAGAGUAUGAGUUCGAGCUUCUGAGAAGGUGCACUCGGAGCAAACACUUGGUGGAGUCACCCUCUGGCGAUUUAUUCAUCAUUGUCAAAUAUGCUUUGCAAACCUCUAAGGGGAAACCCGUCUUCCCUGGGGAGACGCGAGACUUGGAUCGUUCGGUGGUGAAAACCGGGACUAGGUGGUUCAUGUUGUAUAUGCGUCAUCCAACUACACGGGUGGAGUCUUAUGUCCAAGACAUUGGGGAUCUCUGCAUCUUCUUAGGAAGGAACGAGCCUUUCUGUGUCCCCGCAAGCAUGUAUCCCGGACUUAAGCCCAACUCCAUCUACUUCUUUGAAUUGAAUCAGGUUUAUCUCUACAAUAUUCCCGACCAAACCUUCUCAACACUCUCUUAUGACGGACUGAUUUCUGAUCUCUGGAUUCAGCCCAUCCUCCACAAGACUAGGAUAAUAAACACUGGCGGGUUGCUGCAUGACUCUAGCUAUAUAUAUAUGACACAAUUUUAUCUAGCUCCAUCGAUGUUCUUAGCGUUGUGCUAGUUAUGAAUCUGCUCUUGUAUGAUUAGGACAAUAUGCAUUGUGGGUUUCUUUUCAUCUUCUAUCUAGUUCAAUUGGUGUUAUGUUCUAUCUAUCUAGUUCAAAACUUUUAAAA